AUGUGUAGUAGAAUUUCCCCUCUUACUGCUUUCCUGCUUCUUUUUUUCUUUCUGGGUUUUCAGUCCACCAAUACUACCACCAAUGUUACUGUCACGAAUACUAUCCAACCUGGCCAAUCCCUGACUACCUCGGACACCAUUGUAUCGCCUGAUGGAAACUUCCAACUUUGUUUCUACUCUCCAAAAAAUUCGACAGAGUAUUACUUGGUAAUACGAUACAAGAAAGUUUCUGAGCAGAAUGUAGUUUGGGUUGCAAACAGAGAGUACGGAUUCAUAGAUUCCUCUGUUGUUCUUAAAAUUAAUCAGGAUGGAGAUCUUGUAAUAUCCGAUAGCAGAAUAUAUUCCCCGUUGACCAACACUUCAGCUGGCAACGGUACCUAUGCCAUGCUAUUGAAUACAGGUAAUUUUGUACUCACGGACAGGGGCUUUGAGGUUUUGUGGCAGAGCUUUGACCAUCCUACUGAUACUCUUUUGCCCGGAAUGACUCUUGGAAAAUAUGAUUGGUCAUUAAAAUCAUGGAAAAGUAAAGAAGACCCUGCUCCAGGUAAUUUCUCCCUAAAGCUGGAAUAUUGGUACCCAAAGCUGGAAUAUUGGUAUCGGCUGACAUUAAUGGAGGGGUCUAAAGUAUAUUGGUUCGUUGACUCGCGAACUCAAUUUUCGAGAAUCGUGUUGGAUGAAUACGGGAAGCUUAAACUGCAGUCAUGGUCAGAAGAUGAGCAAGAGUGGAAUUCCUCGUUACAGUCAUCUGGGUGUGGGGAUUAUUUUGCAUGCGGUACUUUCAGCAUAUGCAAUGAGACAGCCCAGGAUCCAUGUGGCUGUUUGCCAGGCUUCAAACCCGUUUCUGCCGACGUUUGGAGCAAAGGAAAAGUGUCCAGGGACUGUGUGAGGAAAACUGCUCUGCACUGCAGUAAUAAUAGUGAUGUUCAGAAUGAUGGGUUUCUUCCCAUGUCUAGAAUUGAUUGGCCUGAUAGUCCGCUGUCUUUCGACAUUGGGAGUGGUAAGGAGUGCGAAUCAGCUUGCUUGAACACUUGUUCUUGUAUUGCUUAUGCCUAUGAAGAUAAUUACCGUUCCCAUAAGAACAAAUCUAAGUGCUUAGAAUGGACUGGUUCUUUGUCAUAUCUGAAACAACUACCAGACGAUGAUGGGCAUGAUUUCUAUCUCAAACUAUCCCCCUUGGAUUUGCUCACCAAUGUCCCAAUCUCAAGGAAUGAAUCUAGCCCAGCAGUAACGCCUGGAGCAACUGAAGGAGUAAUGCUUGUACGAGCUAAGCAAUUAGUCACCAUUCUGGCUAUAUCUCUGCCUCUUGCAACGCUUAUGUUGGGCCUCUUUGUCUAUUGUGUAUGGAGAAAACUCAGGAUGACAAGCAAGGGUGAGGAUUUGGUACAGUUAGAUUUGGGCAUGACCAUAAAGUCUGAAAAUUCGGAGCAGAUGGAAGAAAAUAAGCGUGGAGAUAUCAGGAAAAAGGAAGUCAAAAUGCCAUUAUUCAGUUUUGCAAGUGUUUCUGCUGCAACUGAUAAUUUCUCAGAUGCAAAUAAACUUGGAGAGGGUGGUUUUGGACCUGUUUACAAGGGAAUAUUACUGAAAGGGGAUUUGGUAGCUGUGAAAAGGCUUUCAAGAAGAUCGGGCCAAGGAUGGGAGGAGCUAAAAAAUGAAGCGAUGCUCAUAGCCAAGCUCCAACACAACAAUCUUGUUAGACUUUUGGGCUGCUGCAUUGAACAAGAUGAAAAGAUACUAAUAUAUGAGCAUAUGCCAAAUAAAAGUUUGGACUUCUUCAUUUUUGAUCCAGAAAAACGCAAGAUUUUAGAUUGGCAAACACGGAUUCGAGUGGUUGAAGGUGUUGCACAAGGGCUUCUUUACCUUCAUCAAUAUUCUAGGUUGAGGAUUAUUCAUAGAGAUUUAAAGGCUAGCAACAUUUUGCUAGAUAGCGAAAUGAAUCCGAAAAUAUCAGAUUUUGGAAUGGCAAGAAUAUUUGGAGGAAAUGAAUCACAAGCAAAUACAAAUAGAAUUGUUGGCACUUAUGGUUAUAUGUCCCCUGAAUAUGCUUUGGAAGACCUCUUUUCCAUUAAGUCGGAUGUUUUCAGUUUUAGUGUCUUGCUGUUAGAGAUUGUGAGUGGUAGGAAGAACACUGGGUUUUAUCAAACCGAUUCUUUCCAUCUUCUUGGAUAUGCAUGGGAGUUAUGGACAAGUGAUAGGGGAUCGGACUUGGUGGAUCCACUACUUAAUGAUGUAUCCUCUAUCCAUGUGGCAUUGAAAUAUGUUAACAUAGGUCUUCUCUGUGUUCAAGAAAGUGCAGCGGAUAAACCUACAAUGUCUGAUGUUGUCGCAAUGCUUAGCAAUGAAAGUACAGCUCUACCUUAUCCUAAACAACCUGCUUUCUUGAAUAUGAAAAGUGUGAUGAAGGCAAAAACUGAUAAUAGCAGGGCAGAAAUCUGUUCUGUGAGUGAUGCAACUGUUUCAACUAUGGAAGGCCGGUAACAUUUUUGAAUUAAAGCCAUAAGCAUUAGUAUAUCCCAGUAAAUCAUCCAAAAAAUUACAAUUUCUUUGCCUAUGGCCUAACAACAUUAUUCAAAUGUAUUAUGGUUCUGAUAUGUAUCAUCAAAAGAUCCGUUGGUACCUGACAUUCAA